AUGUUUGACUCGGUGAAAACAACGUUUCGAACGAAACUGGAUUUUAAUCCUUGUGCUGGAAAAAAAUGCGGGCAUGGAGAGAUUUGCUUUAGGGGUGGUCCCAGAGCCAGAUGCCUAUGUCCUCCACGCUGCAUAGGAAAUCGUCCAGUUCCACGUGUUUGUGGAACUGAUGGCAUCACCUACAAAAACCUUUGUGAAUUGUUGAGAACCGCGUGUAUUAUCGGAGACACUACUCUGAAGAUGAAACACCUACAUCGAUGUGGUUCCAAACCGGUGGUCAAACCAACAACAACCACUCCGCCCAUCACGCAAUCUCCAACAGAACCACCCUUUAAGGUGAGUCCGACUCAUGAAGGUUAUCAAGAAUUGACCGAAGGGGAACGUGGUAAUAUAACAUGUCGAAUUGAAGGAACUGUCAUCUCGUACACAUGGCUGCUUCCAAACCGUGGACCACUACCAUUGAGAAUACGCCCUUUUGGAAACAUUUUGUCGUUCAGGAACGUACUUAAAGGGGAUGGUGGCGUUUACACUUGCGAGGCAGUAGGUGGACCAGAUGGAAACCAGGUUGUCAGGGCGCUUGUUAAUGUUACAAUCGAAGUGUCCCCCCUUCCCUGUAGAAGACAUUUACCACCGCUGAUUAACCGAAGAUAUCUUCAGAUUUUCCUGAAAGUUCCUCAAAGUGUGCUACCUAUUUAUACCUGUCAAGAGCAGCUAUUCCAGCAGAAGUUGAUUUUUGUGAUGAGCCUGCCGCAGUUGGAAAUUGUUCAAGAUUGA